CACUCUGUCAACCAAUGAGUGAACAUCGUUAAUAAAUACGCGCGCCGGUCUUUAAAUAUAAAAUAACUCUAUAACAAUAUUAUCAACUUACAUUCACUUGUUACCUGUACUCUAGUGCACGUGUUGUUUUGAGGUUAUUAAGUAUGGUGUUCUUUUAAAAUAGUCUGUGAUUCUAGAACUUUUCAUGAGUCGAGGUAUCUAGUAUCACAAAGAAUGGUUGAGAAGAAAGAAAUCAAUUUAGACUCCGUACUCGAGAGUCUCGGACCGUAUGGACGUUAUAAUCUAUUGAACUUCGUUCUGUUGCUGUUUCCCGUUCUGCUGAGCAGUUUCUACGAAUGCGGUUUCAUUUUCGAAGCGCAGGCACAAAUGUAUCGAUGCAAGGUAGACGGUUGUGAGCUGCGAGUCAAUGAUACCUCCUGGAUCCAGUACGCCAUUCCCACAAACUUGGAGAAAAAUAAUUCGGAAUCAUGUGAACGGUUCGCCCCCCUCAAGCCUGUGGAGCAGUGCGUGCCCGAGGAGUUCUCAACGAACAAAACGAUUCCUUGUGAGGAAUUUGUGUACGAAUUAGAGGGAUCAUUAGUGGAAGAAUUCAACCUCGGCUGUCAGGAAUGGCGCCGCGCGCUGGUGGGGACCGUUCACAACAGCGGUAUGUUCGUGGCCAUGCUCUUCACAGGCGUCCUGUCUGACCGGUACGGGAGGAAGGCCGCCGUGGGCCUGGCAGCCACCAGUAGCUGCGUCUUCGGACUUAUCCGGGCGUUCGCCCCAAAUUUUACCACAUAUAUGGUGAUGCAUUUCCUCGAAGCAGCGUUUGGAGGAGGAUUGUAUCCUUCGGCUUAUGUUUUGGCUGUCGAGCUCGUUGGACUGAAGCAGCGAGUGAUCGUCUCAGCCAUGUGCAACAUGACCUUCGUGGUCGGUGUGUUCCUGUUGGCACUCCUCGCCUGGUUCGUCAACAACUGGCGCACGUACAUCCUCAUCUUAUACAGCCCGGCUAUCAUCGUCGGUAUGUACGUCUGGCUCAUGAACGAGAGCGCCAGGUGGCUGCUGAGCAAAGGCAGGAAGGAAGAUGCAAUCAAGACUCUAAAACGUGCAGCUAAACUCAACAAACUAGAUCCAUCGAAGUUAGAUUUAGAUGCGAUAUCCGAUCCCUUACUAAGGAACGAUAAUCAAACUACGGAUAAGAAGUCGCAGUUCUCGAAGGCAAUUCGUUCGAGCAUUAUCUGGAGACGUUUGGUGAUAUGUUCGUUUCUGUGGUUGACUUGCUCCCUGGUGUACUAUGGGAUGUCGAUUAACUCAGUGUCGUUGAGUGGGAACAAGUAUGUAAGUUUUAUGUUAGUGACUUUGGUGGAGAUUCCCGCGUACAUAGUGGUAGUGAUAGUGUUAGAUAAGUUUGGAAGAAAAAGAACUAUGAUUACUACUUAUAUAACGUGCGCAAUAACUAGUCUGCUCUUCGCAUUUCUACCAAAGGCUGACUGGUGGUCUCUCGUGCUGUACCUGAUCGGCAAAUGGAGCGUGACAUUGACCUACAGCUCCGUCUAUAUCUACGUCUCCGAGGUGUUCCCCACCAACAUGCGCCAGAUGCUGCUCAGCGUGUGCUCCACAUCCGGAAGAAUUGGAUCUCUUAUAGCGCCUCUCACUCCCUUACUGUCCUAUUAUCACAAAUCAAUGCCUACUGUGAUAUUCGGUGGAAUGUGCUUCAUCUGCAGUCUUCUCGUGUUCCUUCUACCGGAGACCAGGAACAUCAGACUACCAGACACUAUUGAAGAGGCAGAAGAACUAUCUCGCAAAAAGCACAAAACUGAUAUAGACUUGAAAGAAACGUAGUUAUUUAGCUGUUUAUUAGAUACUUUAGACUUAAGCCGAGGUAAAAAAUAAUCCUUUAUAGUAUUUAAUAUUUAUACCUUGGCAAUAACUAACUUCAUUAAGUUUAUUUAGAGGAUCUAACCCACAAUUUUUUUCUUUAUUCCAUUGUGUUGCAUUACAUUUGACAGGGUAAUUAAUUUACUUAAAUAACAUAAUAUUAUAUCCUAAUAAAUUGUUUUAAAAGUUGCCUUUUAUAUAAAAAAAGCUAAAGAUUAUUUAUUUUUAUCGGCUUUACUCACAAUUAAUCGGUGUUGGAACCCACUAGUUGUGGACCAAUCGGGUGUUUAGAGUUCGCGGUCGCGCCCCGUCUAGCACUACGAUACCAAUAAGUUGAUAGGGUCUCACGAAAGUUUCAAUAAUUUAACAAAGUAUCACAUUUAAAGACCUUUGGAGAUGCCUAAAAAUUUCUAAAACGUUAAAAUAUAAACAAUUGGACAAGUUUGAACAUUCCUUUAACACAAUUAUAUUGAAAUUUAAUUAGUAUUCUAUUAAAAGUUAUAAUUCUGGUAUAAUUACUUAAAUACUAGUGAUCAUUUAGAUCAACUAUGUUCAGCCUUAUGUAACGCUAUAACUUUUUUAAUCUACUAAUAAUAUUUCUUGUUUACCUCCGUCUUCGUUUUUCGUAUAGCCCCAGAGCUGCUGACAUUAUGUAUAAAAAUAAAGUUUAUGAUUGAUUUUAACGAAAUAAUAAUAUUUGUUUUUAAUAAAUCACUUACACAGCGUUGUACACUUAAAAUUACUUAAGAAGCUGCACAUGGCAACUAUUAUACGUUUAUAAGUUUCAUUACACAAAAAUAAAUCACAGAGUAACAGCUUUUAAAAACAACAAGAGAACUAUGGUUACAAGUAAAUGUAUGGACAUGUUGGUGCUUACUGUGGUUUCACAGCUCACAGACACCGCAUUUUGUCAUGCGUUGGCGCUGUUUUAAAUAUGGAAAAAAUCACAUUUCAAGAAUACAAAAAGUUCGUAGUAAUAUUCUCUUUGGUAUAAAAUGAUAAUUUUUAUCACUAUAUUGUAUUAUUUUGUAAUUAAGAAUGCGAAUUCAGUGAAACUUUUUAUGUUUCAUUUAAUGAACACCUUCCCUGCUUGCUUGCUGCUUGUCAAUUGAACUUUACGUUAAGGCCACAUUAUAAACUACAUACAACAUAUUUUGUGAACAAAUUAAUGAUAAGGGUACUUGGUACUCCAUUCUCGUUCUUAAUAUGUUAUUAAAUUAGGUACUUAAUUUUUGAACAAAAAUCCUAAUAUAAUUAAUGUGACACCGAUAAAGUUGAUUCAGGCAUAUUGUGUCUACCCGCGCGACAUAAAAACAACACUGCCGUGACCUCUGGCUUAAACCUGCUGACAGUGGUAUCAGCGGUCAUUAGGUUGCGUGGAUUAUGAAUAUUGAUUUCUAAAGCGCCGACAAGUGCGUGUUAAGUAAUUAUGUCUUACCAAUACACAAACACAGAGUACUUAUAGUUAUUUAUGCAACCGUUGUGUUAUAAGGGGUAUUAAAACACGAAUGUGGGUUGAUAAUAGUAUCACAUGAGUGUUUUAAUACCUAAUUAUCAACAGUUGCAUACAACACUUUAUCUACACCCAAAAUAUAAAUGCUCUAAAAGAUUCUGAAACAGUUAGCUUACUGCUAACAUUAAAACAGCUAGUCCUAGUAGUAACCUAAUAUUAUCCAAGAUUAUAUACAAAUAAAGUAAGUAUUAAUGAAAGAAUUAUUUAUUUUAGUAGUAAGUUACAUUUUGUAUUUAAAUUCAAAUUCAAAUAUUUUUAUUCAAAAUAGGAUGUGAAAUCACUUAUUGAAAGUCAAAAAAAAACUACAUCUAUAACUACAACUAUAGUGCAAUAAUUAAAAUUCACUUGAAUAUUAUGUUCUUUUGGAAAUUAAUCGCUCAUUUUUUGUAAACAAAACAAUAAAAAUAUCGAAGAAAAAUGGCGGGGAUUCGAAUAACCUACUUUUUUUUUACGGCGCGCGACGUUCUGGUAGUAUGGAACGUGCGUAAACCAAAAUGUUCUUUUUUUGAAAUUCAUACAAUUUUAAUGUUGGCAAUAAGCUAACUGUUUCAGAAUCUUUAAUAGAGGAUUUAAAGAAUGGAUGUAGAUAAAAUAUAUUUCAUGCGGAUGUUAGUGCUAAUGAUAGUUUACUACCAUUAGCACUAACUAUGUUUCCCACACUAAUGAUUCCCAACCGCGAAUAACCUACUCCAAACACAUUCUUAAAUGUCAAUCAAAGAUUACGAGGCAUCGAAUAAAUGACUGUCCCAUCACAUGCUCAAGUACGAAGAGUACAAAUCAAAUCAAAACCACUUUAUUCAUGUAUGUCAAAGAAAUUGCAAUUAUGAAUGACAAAAAUUUUCUUAUUAUUUUUAAAUUUACCACCACUUUGAAAAAGGUUCAUCAUUAAUGAAUAGAAGUGACAAAAAACUCAUUGCCAUUACUCUUUUAAAUCAACAUUUGCAGUUUCUCGUUUUACAAAAAAUUACAAUGUAUGUGAAGUGAUGCAACAAAAAUAUACUUUGCACAAUGACAUUCUCAAGUACCUCGAGUAGAAUCACAAAAUAUUUGAAAUGCUGCAUGAAGAUUUAAUUAAUCUUAAUGAAAUGUGUUUCAUCAACCACAUCAUCACAGAAGUAGGGACCAGUAUCAUCUUUAGGUGACAGCGAUCAAUUUUUGUCCGUGUCUUUUUUCAAAACACCGACACAAACAUAUUAUUUACGGACGAAGCUAAUCUCGGAUCAAAGUAUGAAGUCGUAACGGAUUAUACUUCUUCGUCAAAAGUAGCCUGCUAACCCGUCUAGUCCUAGGUAAAUAUUAGCUCUAUCAUAAUAAGUUAAUGUAAAUAACAAGUGUGGAUAGGGCAGAACCCACGUCCAAGCGGUAGCAUUGGCUCACCUCAUGAAUUACUUAACUUUCAUUUAACUUUAAUAAGAGUUUAUCGUAAAGAAUCACGCACUGAAUACCACACUAUUUUUUUUAAUAUAGUUUAAAAUCGUUUGUGUGAAGCAAUAACCCGCCGCCAAGGGCGUAUUAUUUUGGAUGAGAGACACGCGAGAAAUAUAGGCAAAAGUGUAAGUAUAACCCGUCUAUCUUGAUUUAUUUAAUACUUUAAUUUAAUUUAAUACUGUCCUCAAUGAAAUUAUAAACCUUCAACAUAAUAUUUUUAUUCAUUAUUAGAUAAUAUAUUGUAAUAAUCUUAAAAUGCAAUAUGUUUUCUUACAUUGCAUCAAUAGGUUACAGUAUUAUAACACAAAACAAUAAUGUAUUUGAAGCAUUCAUAUUUCAUUCAGGACUUUACAAAAAAUACUGUUGACAAAUAUGUGUCUGUAAUACUUGCAUUUAUAUUUUGUAAAUUAUGAUAUUUAAUUGUCAAGUAAGUAUAAUAGCAUAAGUUUCCUUGAUAAUCGGCAUGAUGGCAAUAUUAAAAAAUCAUAUGUACAAAUAUUAAAAUCAUGGUAGAAAAAACAAACGUGGUAGAAGUGAAACCCUCAAAAAUAUUGGCUUCAAGGUAAUAAGACGAUUAUAAUAUUUCGGGAAGAGGAUAAUUGUAGAUUUUAGUAAUUGUCAUAGUGAUACAAAGUUUUAUAAUUAUUUUACAUUUUAUUCAUUUAGAUUACAUAGACUUAUUCAGACUCGGAGGACAUUUGCGAUAAAUGAUGCAAGAGGUUAUGGUAACUAAAGUAUGAAAUAAAUACUUUGGUUGUAAUAUGGUCCAUUUAUCUUUGGAUUACUGCGUCAAUUACUGUUAUUGAUCUUGCUGUUGAUACAGUGCAACUGCUGCAUAUUUUCAAAUUUAAUUUGGAGUCCAAUAACUGAAAAUAAAAGACAUUACUAUAACCGCUACCAUAUUUAUGUUCUCCCGGUGUCUAUGUAGUAAUACGUCGAGCGCAUGACGUCAGAAUAUAAGUAUACCUUAAUCGCGUCAUACAUAACGCAAUCUCUUCUUCAACUAGGAUCGCCUGGUAGAAAAACUCUGUAAAAAUCCUAUACAUUUUCCAGUUUCUGUAUCUCUAUCUUCUCGCUUUUUCGUUUCAUCGAGUUUUAAAUCACAACGAUUCUAAGGAAGUUUGACUUCAAAAACCAAAGAACAGUUAUUGGCCUUAAGUACAAUUGUAUAAUGAAAGGGUUUAAAAAAAAUAUCUUAUGUUGAGUUUUGAUAUAAAUAUUGAGAUUAAAAAGAUAUUCAAUAAAAUAAAAUAUGGCUUAUGUCAAUAGUUCAUGUUAACUGGAACAUGUUAUUAUAAAAAUGAAGUUUUUAAGAGGAAAUCAAAAUAUGUCAUCACGCCUAUUUCGCACAGUAUCAUUUAAAUCAUGUAGGAUGUAGAUCCAUUAUUGUAUUUUUAAUUUAACAUGUUGUGUUAUGUUGUGUUAUGUUAGGUGUAGGUCUACGUAAUAAAUUAUUGCCACCCACAAUACAAUUAACCACAAUUUAUUAAUUUUACCAUUUUAGUUUAUAAUUUUACAUUCGACGUAUUCAUACUUAACAGUAAGUAUUAUUAACAAUGUAAAAUGUCAUAAAUACAUUGUAUUAAAGUUUGAAACGUAUUUUAUAUCCAACUUUAUCGUGUUUCAUAAAAAGCCACAAUGAAAUCUUAAAAUUACUCCAUUGUCAUACUUUGUCAGUAUUGUAUACUAUACGAUUGUGUUCUGGGAAAUCUUUUGUUAUCUCGACUAUGACAACAUUGUAUACCGGUCUGAGUUCCAGUAACAUAUUUUGUAUCAAGCGAAUUCCAUAUUCGGAACGGAAAAGCCUUUUGAGAUAGAAAAGACAAAAUUUAUAUUAAAUUUCUAAUUAAAAAUAAUAA